UUUUCAGCAAUGUCUGAAAGUCCAACUGCAAUUGUCAUGCCUCCACCAUAUAUGGACCCGGCAAACUCACAAGCCAAGAAACAACGACAGAGUUUUCGUCAGGAAUCCAUCCGAAAACUGAAAGUUUGUGAGCAUUGCGGUGCUCUACCACAUGCUCAGAUCAGGAACUUGCCGGAAGAACAAGUGUUCACAUGGCCAGCUGCUCGUCCUAUCAAUUCAAUUCAACAAGACUCUCGCCAAUUCAUCGGAUAUGUCAUUAUCAUUGCUCUUGUCAUUUUUGCACUUUUUGCUGCUUGCAAGUAUCUACCUUAAUCUCUGAUUCAACUCAAACCCUAUAGAAUGAAAAUUUUCUAAUACAAAUAUCAA